GCCUCCCACCCAACCGAAUUAACUUCCUUCCCCAAUUUUGCCUUCCCUUACCAUAGAAAUCCAUAAACCCUAAACAGAACGAGACCCCGUCGUUUCCGCUUUUCCCCUCUACCCCUCAAACCGGCCAACCUUUCGGAUCUCGGAAAAUCCUACUAAUCUUUAUCUGCUUUCUCGAAGAGCUGAGGAGAACUGAUAUGGCGGCUCCUGGAAUCAUGGCGACCGAAGCAGAGGUCCUCUGCCGGCAGAGCAUGCAAGUCCCCGCUGUCCAGUGUCGUCUCCUUGUCCCUGUUGACCACGCCGUCGACCAGAUCGGCAUGGCAUCUCCGGCUCCCAUCGAAGAAGCUUGUUCCGUUGAGUCUGGAGUUUCACGGACCGAGUUGUCUGCAGAUAGAGCAGCUAUGGAGUCUCCUGCUGUCAGAUAUUUGCCAAGCAUUCGCUCUGGUAGUUAUGCUGAUAUUGGAUAUCGGACAUCCAUGGACGAUGAACACAUCAUGGUUGAUGAUCUAUCCGCCCUCCUAGGUUCUCUGUUCAGUUGGUGUACGCCGAGCGCCUUCUAUGCAGUUUUUGAUGGUCAUGGGGGUCCUGAGGCAGCUCGAUUCAUUAAGCAGAAUGCCAUGAGACUAUUCUUCGAAGAUGUCUUCCCCAGCACAUCUGAACUUGAUGAUAUCUUCUUGAAAGAUCUCGAGAACUCUCAUCGGAAGGCAUUUCUUCGGGCAGACCUUGCCUUGGCUAACAAAACUGGUGUCAGCAGCUCAUGCGGGACAACAGCAAUAACAGCCCUUGUGCUUGGAAAUCACUUGUUGGUUGCUAAUGUCGGUGAUUGUCGGGCGGUUUUAUGUAGAAGAGGAGAGGCCAUCGAUAUGUCUCAAGAUCAUAGGCCCAGCUCUUUGCCCGAAAGGGUACGAGUAGAGGAGAUGGGCGGAUUUAUCGAUGAUGGCUAUCUAAAUGGUUAUUUGUCGGUCACCCGUGCCUUGGGCGACUGGGAUUUGAAACUUCCCUUGGGAUCGACUUCACCUCUUAUUGCCGACCCGGAUAUCCAAAAGGUCAUUCUAACAGAGGAAGAUGAGUUUUUGAUCAUUGGAUGCGAUGGGAUAUGGGACGUGAUGUCAAACCAGUAUGCGGUUAGCCUCGUGAGGCAGGGGAUGAGAAGGCACAACGAUCCUCAUCAGUGUGCGAGGGAGUUGGUCACGGAAGCUCUGCGGCUCAAUACCUGCGACAAUCUGACUGCCAUCGUGGUAUCUCUGUCUUCCAUUAGGAACGCAGAGUCGCUUCUGUCUCAUCAGCGGCCGAAGUUUAGGUGCUGCAGCCUUUCCGAUGAGGCGAGGAGUAGGUUGAGGAGCUUGUUAGAGGGCAAUUGAGUCCAGGUCUUUUGAAUUAAUAUUAGAUAAAAGAAUUGUAUAUAGUCGAUUCUUCAAUGAAGUGGGGUUUGGGUUUCUUCUCAUUCGAGUACAGACAGUGUAAUCCAGACUGCAGUUUUGCAGUUUGCGGUAGCUUAGGAGGCAUUCUGCGUGCAUUUUUGCAGCAUCUCUCUUUUCUUCUAUUGUACAUAAUAACGUAAUUUGUCAAGUUGAUUAUUAAUCAGAGAAGGUGGUCUUCUCAAUUAACGAAGUA